CUUCAGUCACAGUGUGAAGAUCAUCUCAGCCACCUUUUGCAAGAUCUCUCUCGCCCUGUUGCUUCCGUUAGUGUGCGUGAGCACGGCGUUGCAAAGGUUUCCCCAGAACAAAACAACUGCGUGAGAGCCUGAUGCUCAUCGGACAUCAGAGUUAUCAGAGUCGCUGCAUCACACGCUCUGGGAGCUACACAACCAGUCCCACGAUCGCCGUUCCAGUACGAGGUCGCGAUCGUUUGUGUGAAACUGUAGAAUAAAGCAGCAUCUCUUGUUUGCUGUUGAGUGGGAGCUUUGUUUUUCUGUGAUCGAUAUAGACCAGUGUGUCCUUUGGGUCAAAUGAUUUGGAUAUUGCUAAUAGCUGCAACGUUUGCCUCCCAGGUAUCGUGCCAACGGUAUGCGUACACUGGCACCAUACUGCUAACGAAGGAAGAAUUCUGCAAACAGAACAGCAUUUACAAAUGGCGAUGUGAGAAUGAAUUCAAAAACUUCCUCGACGCCAAUCCACACAUCCAGCUGUGCUCGACCAGCCGUCCCAUCUACUCCGAUCGUUGCUCCGCACUGCCGAUCGCGCAACCGAUCGAACAACCGGCAUGCGCUGGGAACGAUUGCAACACGUUUGGCAUACGCCUAUCCGCUACUGGCAACCAACCGCAACGACCGACUGCCGGUGGCGAUGACAAUUUCGAAGUUCCGAUGCCUUCGGUCCCGUACGACACAAAAGUGAUGGACUUUUCGGUGAAACUCUUUCAGAAGGCUUUUCCCAGCGAUGAUUCUAGCAACUACAUCAUAAGCCCGCUCAUGGUACAGUCCCUGCUGUCGUACCUGUACGAUGGCGCUUCCGGUGCAACGCGACAGGAAAUGGAAUCUGUGCUGCAGCUAAACAUGAACGAUCUGCAUGACAUCGAUCGGGCGCUGAAGCCAGGGUCCGGACAGGAACCGCUUACCAAGAACAAACUGGACUCGGCUUCGCAGAUCUUUAAAUCGACCACCAUUGAGCUACUGCCAGCGUUCCGCGAGUCGUUGAAGCGUAACCAGGUCCCACUGGAAGAGAUGGACUUCUCCAAUCCAAGGCUCGCGGCGGAAACAAUUAACAAUUGGGCGAAGCAGAAGACCCGCGAACGAAUUCUCGACGUGAUUGACGAGCAAUCGAUCGAUCCCACGACCAAGCUGCUCUUAAUGAACGCACUUUACUUCAACGGAACAUGGAUGUACAAGUUCAACAAAACCGAACGUGGUUCGUUCUACGUGAACGGGCAACCUGCACAGCGUUCGGCAGUGAAGAUGAUGUUCCUUACGAAGGAGCUGCGUAACGGGAACACCAGAACGGACGUUUCGUCCAACGGCAUGUAUUGGAUCGAACUACCGUACGAUGGUGAUCGUAUGUCCAUGAUACUGAUGCUGCCGAACGAACGGUUCCAACUCGAUCGCGAACUGCGCCGCUUCCGGGCAUCACAUCUGCAAACCAUCCUGAGCGAGAUCGAGCUGGACGAAACGAACAAGGUGCGAGUUCAGCUGCCAGAAUUUAAAGCCGAAAGUACGGUCUCGCUGGUGGAACCACUCAAGCAGCUCGGCAUCGCAAGUAUGUUCGGCGACCGGAAACCGUUCGAUCAGCUAUCGAACGAUGAGGUGAAAAUAUCGGACGUUAAGCAGAAAUCCUUUUUAACCGUUAAUCCGCACGGUACGGUUGCGACCAGCGUUACCACCGCGACCGUUAUACCGCUCAGCAUAACGCAAACGCUCGACUUCAAAGCGGACCAACCGUUCGCACUGAUCAUCAUGGACAAGCAGAAUAAAUUGCCACUGUUUUUCGCCAAAAUAAGCCAACCGUUGAAGGUGAAGGCGGCGAAGAAUCAGUAAACGUUUGCUAGCUGAUUUUCGAGCUUUAAGAGAAAUCUGUGACUAUUAAUCAACAUUUUAGGUUGUAGCGAAAAUACAAAAAGACUCCAGAUUGUGAAUUCUAAUGAA